AUGGAACAACUGACGAUGCGUCAACCAUUGAUGACAGAAUUCUACGUAUUCCCGAAUGAUGAGACUGAAAUGGACAGACUUGAUGUGGUGCACACAUUGCUAGUCAAGACCAUCGGAAAUCGACUCUUUCUUGCACCGAUUGAUGAGCACAAGACUCACCGGAUCCUUGAUGUGGGCACUGGUACUGGAAUAUGGGCUGUGGAAAUGGGUGAUCUAUUUCCAAAUGCAGAGAUCCUUGGAAAUGACCUGAGCGCUAUUCAACCAGCGUGGGUUCCACCUAACGUCAAGUUCGAGAUCGACGAUGUCGAAAGCGAAUGGAUCGGGGAGGACAAGUACGAUUUCAUUUUUAGUCGUUACAUGGCUGGCGCCUUGGCAGAUUGGCCAACAUACGUGAGGCGAGUCUAUGAGAACUUGAACCCUGGAGGCUGGACCGAAUUUCAGGACUGGGAUUAUAUGCUUUAUUCGGAUGAUGGAACAACUGAAGGCACCGAACUGCUUCGCUGGAUGGGCUACUUCAUGGAGGCUUGCGAGGUCCUGGGCCGUGAUGGACAGGUCGGGCCGAAGUUGGAGACGCUGGUAAGGGAGAACACCGGCCUGAUCAACAUCGUCCAUAAGCCUUUUAGAAUUCCCGUUGGACCUUGGGCGAAGGACCCUCACCUGAAGGAUAUCGGGAUGUGUAAUCUCAUUCAAAUGUUGGAUGGUUUGGAAGCCUUCACCCUAAGACUCCUCUGUGGCGUCCUCGGCUGGACCAAGGAGGAGGUUCUAGUAUUACUCACAGGAGUGCGCACCGAGCUGAGAACUGGAAAAGCCCAUGCUUGGCUGCACUACAAUGUUGUGUACGGCCAAAAGCCAGAGACAGAAGAAGAAUAG